UGCUAAUAUUUUGAGAAGGACCUGUAUGAGCUGUCACAAAGCAGUCUGUUGUAAAAACAGCAUGAAGAUUCUGGUGCUUUAGGAAAAUAAAUUAUGUAAAAUAAUCACCUGAGGAUGUGCUCUGAGGUUCAUACAGGACUAGCUAUCACAACAUUCAGUCUGAAGAAAUUCUACUCAAAUGUUUUUGUUCAAAGUUUACUUUGAACACAAGAUAUGCUACUAUUAAAGUCAACAUAAAUAACAGUUUUGCAUCUUAGUUAAUAUUAACUGGAGAUUGGCUGCCUACUGUUUAGUUUCGGGUUACUAAAGCUGUGUGUCACAGGAUGUUUUAGUGUGACGUCUGUAGGUCUUUCUCGGUUGUGUCAUUUUAUAUCAGAUCAUCUUUGAAUACCGGAAGAAAUAACACAUAGCUAUACUUGACCAAGUCACUAACCAGAGACUUAAGAUUUUUUAAGCUAUUACAUGCUAUUGGGUCCAGAAUGGCAACUGUGGUGAGAAGUGAGAUAAUUCUCUCAUUUUAUAUAAUUUCCUUCCUUAUUGGCCUUCCUGCCAAUUUAGUGGCUCUUUAUGCCUUUAGUGUCAAGAUCCACAGCAAGCCACUCCCAACAGACAUCCUGUUACUAAAUCUGACUGUGUCUGACCUGCUCUUCUUGAUCAUCCUUCCUCUCAAGAUGCAUGAGGCAGCAUCAGGCAUGAAGUGGAAUCUGCCCAGCCUCUUGUGCUCCAUCACCUCCUUUACCUUUUUCUCUACAAUAUACACCAGCUCCUUGCUGCUGAUGGCAAUCAGUAUGGUCCGCUACGUUGGAGUGGCCUUUCCAUUGACCUAUCAAAAACUUCAGAAAACUUUGUACCCGAUCAUUAUCAGUGCUGUUAUUUGGCUGAUCUCAGCAGCACACUGCAGCAUCACUUUCAUCGUCCAGCACCAUCCAUCCCUGCCCAGCUCAAACUCGUCUAUAUGCUAUGAGAACUUUACAGAGAAGCAACUGAAGAUCCUCCUCCCAGUGCGUUUGGAGUUUUUCUUUUUGCUCUGCCUUGUACCUCUUCUAAUUUCCAUUUUCUGCUACCUGCGCUUGAUUUGGAUUCUGUAUAGCCGUCCCAAGAUAUCCUGGAUGCAGAAAAGGAAGGCUAUUGGCAUGGCCUCGGGGACUCUUGCCGUGUUCCUCAUUUGUGUUUUACCAUACAAUUUCUCUCAUUUAAUGGGUUUCUUCCAGGGUCAAAGCCCUGAAUGGAGGUACUAUACUUUGCUUCUUAGCACAUUAAACACUUGUAUUGAUCCCAUCAUAUUUUAUUUUUCUUCCUCAAUCUUCCACUGUACCAGGAAAAAAUCAAUUUUCAGAAUGCAUAGUGUUAAAAUUGUAAAGAUGGAAAUGCAGGGCACCAAUUCGAACUGAUACAGAAUUUUGAUAUUAACUUAUUACAGUGAUGCUGUUAUAUUCCUUUAUUUUGUUGUUUUAAAGUGAGUUGUGCACUGGUUUAUUAUUAGUUUUGUAUCAAGGUAUGUUUGUUAUGAAUCAACAUCAAACGUCAGAUGACAUUUUCAUAAGAAAACCGCAAGUCAUACUGCGUAGGCUAUUAAACCUCAGGAUAUUAUUAGUCACCAGGAAGCUGUAAAUGUUUUUUGGCAUUGACAUCUUAGUUCCUCUGCUUUAAAGCAGUCUAUCCACUCUGCAAUGUACGUGUAGGUAAGAGCAAGCAUGAACUGUAAAAAUAAAUUCACUUAUCAUUUCCACAAAGAGAUCAACAUAAUAUGUACGGAAAGAGACCAAAUUCAAAAUCUAUAUGAAACAAUAAAACUAUUAUUGAAACUGAAAAAUAUGUAUUUUUGUACUUGGUUGGGUGUAAAGUUAGAUUACUGUAUGAAUAGUUUGAGUUUGCUACUGGAUUAAAAAUGUAUAUAAAUACCAGAGUAUGACAGCUGCAACUAUGAGUUUUUUUCUGAAUAAACAAGACUGAGAAUUGACUGUCUUCAGAAUUUUAGGUAACUACAUAAAUUCCCCCAGUAACAUGUAGUAUUAUCAUAAAAGUCUAUGUAUUUUCUGUGUGUGAAACAACCUCCAAAGAAUUCACCACUGUUGUUGCUCAGUCGAGUAUGAAAAACAAAGAGAAAUGUUAGUCACUAAAACAUUCGCCCAGUAAGUUUACUGUCGGAUCUUACUUGAGAACUUGGCAGGGCUGCAGUAUGUUAUCAUGAUGGACUGAUAACACAUUCCAGUAGACUCAGGUGAACAUAAUAAGACUAGAAGGACAAUAUGAAGCUGAAUCUGUUUUCUAUGUAGUUAUUGAACGUAUAUGUUUCGGUGUAAAUUGAGCCACAUG